ACAGAUAAGUCGUUCACACAGGACGUUUAAUCGCUGGCUGCACAGUCGAUCGUGAGCUCUGACAGGAGUAAUGGCUGCUUUAAGACGAGCUCUGCAUUUUGUUUUCAAAGUUGGAGACAGAAAGAAAACAGCAGUCUUUUACAGAGAUGUACUGGGCAUGACGGUGUUACGACAUGAAGAGUUUGAAGAAGGCUGCAAGGCAACCUGUAAUGGACCUUAUGAUGGAAAAUGGAGUAAGACCAUGGUAGGAUUUGGACCAGAGGAGGAUCAUUUUGUUGCAGAACUGACCUACAAUUAUGGGGUUGGAGAAUAUAACCUGGGUAAUGACUUUCUGGGCAUGACUCUGCAGUCCAGUGCAGCUGUCAGUAAUGCCAAACAUCUGAACUGGCCUCUGACUCAGAUCUCAGAGUCUCUGUACCUGGUUCAGGCUCCAGGAGGUUAUCACUUCUACCUGUUGGAUGAAGAGCAGCCUACUCACGAUCCAGUGCAGAAAAUCAGUCUCGGAGUGUCGGACCUCCAGAGGUCCAUUCACUACUGGACAAAUCUUCUGGGGAUGAAAGUGAUGGAGAGAGACGAGGAGAAGAAGACGGUGCUAAUGGGAUUCACACACACACAAUGUAAGCUUGAGCUCCAGGAUAUUGGUGGGACUGUAGAUCAUGGGACAGCGUUUGGAAGGAUUGCCUUCUCAUGUCCACGAGAGCAGCUUCCAGACAUCCAGGCCUUGAUGAAUAAGGAGAAGCAGACGGUUCUGACUCCUCUGGUCAGUCUGGACACUCCGGGAAAAGCCACAGUAGAGGUGGUCAUUUUGGCUGACCCUGAUGGUCACGAGAUUUGUUUUGUGGGAGAUGAGGCCUUUAGGCAGCUGUCCACCAUAGACCCUAAAGGAAACCAACUCCUGGACAAGGCGAUGUCUGAGGAUAAAAGUGAUGAGUGGUUUGCCAAACACAGCAGACAAAAAGCUGCAGCCUGACAAAGAUGUUGACCAUCAACACUGCCCCUCUGAUCACCUGUAGAUGACAAUGAUGAAGAUGCUGAACUUCACUGAUAAUCAAACAUUUCAUACACUGUAGAACCUACAGUGUCACAAACACAUUCCUGGUGGUUGAAAAUGAGUUGGCAUUACUCUUAAUAAAAAACUCAUGUA